AUGACAUCAAAUACUGUUCCUAUUUAUCGACAAGGACGUAAAUUUUACGUCUCCGCUGAAGAAUAUGAACGUAUAAGUUCCGAAGAACGACUAAUUCGUCGUACAGCUAUACUAAAAUCUCAACAGUUACCUGUAUCAAAAUCUCAUCAAACACAUAUACGAACACCUUCAACAUGUUCAUAUAAUCCUAUUGCACGAAACAAUUCAAAUUCAUAUGAUUAUAAAUAUGGUGUUGUUAAAACACGUCAUGUACCUGUCAAGUCAUUAAUAAAUACAAAUAAUCAACGUGAAUCAAAUAGAUUAUCUCGUUCAAUAUUAAAACAUUAUGAUGAUCAAAAUGAUUUAUCAUCUAUUACAUCAACUAUUUCGAAAAGAAAACCAAAGACUAAUGUUCGUUCACAUUCAUCUGAUAAAGUACUUGAUACUCGAAAGACUCCAUUAUCAUCUAAUACGUAUAAUCAAAUCAAACGUUCAUUGUCAGCUGAAAACAUGCAAGCACAAACAUUAGUUCUACGACAAAAACUCAAACAACAAUCACAUAGUCCAUUACGUCGACCAAUUCUAAGAACAGUUUCUGAUUAUGGAAUGUCUCCAAGAACAACAUUUUCCAUAACGCCAAGUGAUCAAACAUAUACUCAGACAAAUACUUCAAAAUUAACAAGUUAUUUAGCACGAAUAAAACAAUCAAGUUUGAAUUCUCCAUCAAACUCAUCACUAUUAGCUAAUUCAGGAACGGGUACAUUAUUUGAAACAAGUAUGCAAGGUUUCGAUAAUGUUUAUACUGUACUUGGUUCAUCAAAUCAACGUUCUAGUACUGUUUCAUCAUCUUUAACAACUCCAUCAAUAACAAAUAAUAGUAAAAAUGAAUAUUAUCAUCGAGACACAACAAGUGGUUCGUUUUCUGAUGAUAAUUCAUCUACAUUAUCAACGUUAUUUCAACAACGAAAUACAGAUAAAAAUAAUAAUCGACGAUCGGAAUAUGUUGAUGAAACUGGUGAUAAUCAUAGUCAACAACUUGAGUCAUGGACACGUUCAACAGUAUGUAGUCAAUCAAGUGAUGGUAUAACAGAAAAAAAACGUGUUCGUUUUGCUGAUACGGAAGGUUUUACAUUAGAAAUAAUACCUGAUAAAAAUCAAUUACGAUCAAUGAAAAAUGAUCGAUUAUUAACCAAACGACAACAUAUGAAAAUUUUGAAUAAUUCUCAUGACCAAAACAAACCUUUUUAUAAUGCAUUUUAUCAAGUAACGACUAAAGUUGGUCAAAGUAAACUUGCGACGGAUGUAUAA